GACAAUAUGGGAAAAACACGAAGAGUGAGCGGAGCUAAAGUCGGGCCGAUGGCGUGGAGAAGCCACAUACAUAUUUGCUAGAAACCAAAGAAACACGUAGCUAUCGCCUGCGUAUCCAAAUUUGCCGUGUUGGCUUCACGUCGUCUUCUUGUAGAUUUUCGCUCUAUUUCACCUGUGAAUCCAACUGUUUAAGCCUGAUAGAUCAGAUCAGAUCAGAUCAGAUCCAAUGUGAAGGAAUUUGGAGAUGACUUCUUCUUCCUCUUUAAUUCGGUGAACUGUUUGGGCGAUACGUAGCUUCAAGUAGGGACAAUUGGAGCAACUUUUCGAGAGUUAAGAGGGAAAUAGCGGCCAAAGUUGAGGAAUCUGUUGUGUGUGAGCUAAAAUUCUAGUUUUAUACUUUCAAAAGGCAAAGAGAAUAAACCAUCGCCAAGGAUCCAAGCAAACAACUAUAAGCUGCAAGGAAAUGGCAACACUAGUUGAGCCUCCAAAUGGGGUCAGACAUAGAGGGAAGCAUUACUACUCAAUGUGGCAAACGUUGUUUGAAAUUGACACAAAGUAUGUACCAAUCAAACCCAUCGGUAGAGGAGCAUACGGAGUUGUGUGUUCUUCUAUCAAUAGAGAAACAAAUGAGAAGGUUGCUAUCAAAAAGAUCAAUAAUGUAUUUGAGAAUCGAAUUGAUGCCCUGAGAACUUUGAGAGAGUUAAAGCUACUUAGACAUAUUCAGCAUGAAAACGUGAUUGCUUUAAAGGAUAUUAUGAUGCCAACUCAUAGGUUGAGUUUCAAGGAUGUUUAUUUGGUUUAUGAGCUCAUGGAUACAGACUUGCAUCAGAUUAUCAAAUCCCCACAACCACUGUCCAAUGACCAUUGCAAAUAUUUUCUCUUUCAGUUGCUACGAGGACUGAAGUAUCUUCACUCAGCAAACAUCCUUCACCGUGACUUGAAGCCUGGGAACCUCCUUGUCAAUGCUAACUGUGACCUGAAGAUUUGUGAUUUUGGACUGGCACGAACCAGCAGAGGCAAUGAACAGUUCAUGACUGAGUAUGUUGUCACACGCUGGUACCGUGCUCCUGAGCUACUACUCUGCUGUGACAAUUAUGGAACCUCAAUUGACGUUUGGUCUGUAGGAUGCAUCUUUGCUGAAAUUCUUGGUAGGAAACCUAUUUUCCCUGGAACUGAGUGCCUUAACCAGCUAAAACUAAUAAUCAAUGUCCUUGGAAGCCAACUAGACGCUGAUCUUGAAUUCAUUGACAAUCCAAAAGCUAGGAGGUUCAUUAAGUCACUCGCCUACUCCAAGGGUACACACUUUUCCCAAAUUUAUCCCCAGGCUGACUCUUUAGCAUUAGACUUGUUGCAAAAAAUGCUUAUUUUUGAACCAUCAAAGAGAAUUACAGUCACAGAAGCACUCCAACACCCUUACAUGUCAGGGCUCUAUGAUCCCCGUUGUAACCCACCAGCCCAAGUCCCAAUCAAUCUUGACAUUGAUGAGAAUGGUGGGGAACAAGUGAUUAGGGAGAUGAUGUGGAAUGAGAUGCUUCAUUACCAUCCUGAAGCUGCAUUAGUCAAUGCAUAGGCAAUGCCCUUGUGGAAUCCUACGGUUAUGUUGCUUCUUUAUUAAUUAAUAUAUAUCAGAAGAAUUAUAGUGUAACUGUGUUGUUGAAGUAAUUCUGCUAAGAUUUUAGUUUAGCAACUCUUUUAUUAGUUUGAGUUCCUUUCGAAGGACAUGCUUCUUGAAUUUUGUAAACAUGUAAGAUGCUACUGCUGUAGUUUAAAAAUAUCGGAUUGUUAUGAUGUGUGUUUGAGAUC